GAUUGGGACACAUUUUGAGCGCCGUGGUGUAUCUAGGGUAUUUAAUAUCGUUGAAUCUGCUGCAGUAAAUCUGUCUGUACUGUACACAGAUCACUAUAUUUAUAGGUACUGUAGUGUCUGUAGUCUGUGCACACACAUGUCUCGUUGUAUUAUGUUUUAAGAUAGUCUUAUUUUUUGUGGUAAAUACAAUCUUUUUUUUAAAAUAAUAUGUGUAAUGGAUCCCGAGCAUUAAACAGCUCGUUGCCUAUUAAGGCAGAUAAUCCUACAAGGCCGCUUAAUUAACGGUUAACUAGAAAUGUGAAAGGUCAAUUUAACAUCUCAGUGGUUGAGGUUAGGGGGAUAGCCAGAUCCUAUUAUUUACUUGCCAAGGAAGUGUAUUUGUUCAACGCGAUGGCUGAAGAGAAAGUAAAAAUGCGUAAGCAGUUGGGCCUGUUGGAGGGUGUUGCUAUCAUAUUGGGGAUAAUAUUCGGUAGUGGUAUUUUCAUUAGUCCUAGAGAAGUUAUUGAGAAAACUGGAUCAGUAUGGGCCGCCCUUUCAGUGUGGGCUGCUUGCGGAGGAUUGGCGACUCUCGGCGCUCUAUCUUACGCAGAAUUAGGAACAACUUUAGCACAGAGUGGAGGAGAUUACCACUACAUCAAUGAAGCCUAUGGUGCUCUUCCUGCUUUCCUCUACCUGUGGGAUGCCAUUCUUGUAUUUGUGCCAAGUACAAAUGCAAUAAUGGCAAUAACAUUUGCAAAUAAUGUUUUGGGUCCAAUCUUAUCUUGUCCAGUUGACCUGUUAGCUACGAAAUUAUUUGCCGCUGCUACAAUAUGUUUGUUGACUUUCAUCAAUGCAUAUGAUGUGAAAAUCACAACUCGAGUCCAAAAUGUCUUUAUGUUCACCAAAAUUGCUGCCCUGGCUGUGAUUAUAAUUGGAGGAAUUGUGUGGAUGGCGAGAGGAGGAGUUGAGCAUUUUGAAGACGGCUGGGCUGGAACAUCGACUUCUGUAGGCGACUGGUCGGUUGCUUUCUACUCUGGAAUAUUUUCUUACUCAGGAUGGAGUUACCUCAACUUCAUGACGGAAGAGCUGAGAGACCCCUUCAAGAACCUGCCCCGUGCCAUAUACAUUUCUCUGCCGCUGGUCACUGGCAUCUACUUGCUGGCCAAUGUAGCAUAUAUGGCGGUGCUUGGCCCAAUGGGAGUUAAGGCGACACAGGCUAUCGCUGUUGAUUUCGCGGCAGUGGCAUUGGGCUUUAUGCGUUGGCUCAUGCCCACCCUGGUUGCCAUAGCGACCGUUGGAGGUCUCUCAGUGCACAUAAUGACUUCCUCGAGGAUGUGCUUCGCUGGUGCUAGGAAUGGACAUAUGCCUGAACUGCUAGCCCACAUAAAUUUCAAGCGUAUGACUCCAAUGCCUUCUCUUAUAUUCUUGAUGCUGAUCUCCCUGAUAAUGCUUAUACCGGACAACUUGACCACCCUGAUAACGUACUGCACUGUCGUGGAGUCGUUCUUCACCACGCUCAGUUGUAGCGCAGUACUGUGGUUGAGGUACAAGAAACCUCACUUGGCCAGACCCAUUAAGGUACAAUUAUGGAUUCCCUCGCUGUUCGUGCUAGUAUCAGCCGUACUGCUAGUAGUGCCCAUAAUGAGUGAGCCCGUAGCCGUAGUGGCUGGAGCAUUGAUGACCCUACUGGGGGUGCCGGUCUACUUCGCCUUUAUAUGGACCCGACCGCAAGUCAUCAAGGAUCUGUCCAUUCAAUUCACGCACACUUGCCAAAAGUUAUUUUUGUCAGCCGUCGAAGACAAAGAAGAUUGAACACUAUGGAUCUCUUUCCAAGGUAGGAAUUAUUAGAAUCUUAAUAAACGGAAUACCACUAUACAGUACUGUACUGUAUGGUUUUUGUUUUGUGUUAUAUGUAGGAUAGUUGUAUAUUUUUGAAUUAAUGCAAACGUGUGCUUUAUAUUCGUAUUAAAUGUUUUUAUAAGUACUAAAAUGGUUUUAAGUUUGACUCGAAUUUUUUUUUAUUGAUAUUAUUUAAAAAAUGUCAUCACUAUCUUAUUUUAUAUUGUUGCCAUGUUUUAGUUUUAAAAAUCAUAGAAUAAAAUUUCAUAGCAUUCAUUUCAGAUCAUCGAGAUACAUAUUGGUGUCGAUUCUGGCAUGAUUAUCUAAACUUAAUAUUAAAUUUAACAUCAGUCUCUCCUUUUCAUUCUGUAUAGAGAAUGACAAAGAUACACUGUUGUCAUAUUU